GAUUGAUCUGGGCCCACUACUGGUUGAUAUUGUAGAUCUCCGCAGGGAACAGGCCGCGGAUUUACACCAUUGACUUAGCUGGCUGUAUUUCUGUGAGUGUGAGCACUCCGGAGAUGUCUCAACUGCGGGUUGACGUCGCUAAUCUCUGAUUUUAUAAGAACAGUCGCUACCGACGUACGAGAAUUCGAUAUCCCAGACACAGCUUUCAAGCAUCAACGCCUUCAUCAAAGACUUUAGCCAUCGAGAUACUCGGCUAGACAUUUCCCACAGAAACCUACUGCAGAGAAACGAAACAACUUGUCGAAGUCAUGGGGUUCAAGGUUCAGACACUUUGGCAGGCGCCGGAGAUCAAUCCGGUCAAUGGCAAAGCUCGAUCGAUUCCUGUUCUUAACCCAUUCAACAAGUAUGGAAGAGUAUUCUUCUUCUCUUGGUUCGGCUUCAUGAUCGCUUUCUGGUCAUGGUAUGCCGUGCCACCUCUAUUGCCAAUUACCAUGAAGAAGGAUCUCAAGCUCAGCCAAAACGAAGUCGCCAACUCGAACAUCAUUGCAUUGACUGCAACUCUCAUCGUCAGAUUGAUCGCUGGCCCAGCAUGUGAUCGCUUCGGACCAAGAGUAACCUUCGCUGCCUGCCUCAUCCUCGGUGCCAUUCCAUCAGUGCUCAUCGGAACAAUCCACAAUGCUGCCGGUCUAUAUGUUAUCCGAUUCUUCAUUGGUAUCCUCGGAGGCUCUUUCGUCCCUUGCCAAGUCUGGUCCACCGGCUUCUUCGACAAGAACGUCGUUGGAACAGCCAACUCCCUCACCGGCGGAUGGGGAAACUCAGGUGGUGGCAUCACAUACUUCGUCAUGCCCGCCAUCUUCGACUCCCUGGUCUCACGCCAGCAUCUAUCCGCCCACGUUGCUUGGAGAGUAGCUUUCGUCGUACCUUUCAUCCUUAUUACCUUCACUGCCAUCUGCCUCUUCCUUCUAUGCCAGGACACACCUACCGGCAAGUGGUCAGAGCGCCAAAUGGCCGUCCAGCAAAACCUCCAAUCGCACGGUGUCCACGCAUCCGGCGGCCUCGUCAACGUCCCCGGCGCCAUCACCGACCGCAAGGCGGACGGCACAUCCACCCCUCCAUCCGACGAGAAGCGCCUGGACGAAGAAGCCGGCGUCUCGCGAGCCAAGCACGGCUCCUUCGACCACGAAGCGCCCAUGGGCGAGAAGGAGAUGAUCGACACGGCCCGCGGCGAGGUCGUCGUCAAGCCCUCGUUCAAGGAAGCCAUGUCCGUCAUCUUCACGCCUCAGACCGCCACCGUUGCAUUCUGCUACUUCUGCUCCUUCGGCGCUGAGCUGGCUAUCAACUCCGUGCUCGGGACUUACUACCUCAAGAACUUCCCCAAGCUCGGACAGACCGGUACCGGGCGCUGGGCCGCCAUGUUCGGGCUCUUGAACAUUGUGUUCCGCCCCCUCGGCGGUCUGACCUCCGAUUUCCUGUACAGAAAAACGGGCAGCGUAUGGAGCAAGAAAAUAUUGCUGCACUCUUUGGCUAUCGUCUGCGGUGCCUUCCAAAUCGCCAUCGGUGUCUUGAACUCACACUCGCACUCCACGAUGUUCGGCCUCGUAGCCGGCAUGGCCCUCUUCCUCGAGGCCGGCAACGGGGCUAAUUUCUCUUUGGUACCGCACGUCCAUCCCUUUGCGAACGGCAUCAUCUCCGGUGUUACGGGUGCGUGUGGUAACUUUGGCGGAAUCGUGUUUGCGAUUAUCUUCCGGUACCUGGGAACGGAUUACGGGAAGACGUUUUGGAUCAUUGGGGUUAUGACUAUUGGGAUCAAUAUCUGUGUUUCGUGGAUCCAUCCUAUUCCUAAGGGCCAGGUUGGUGGUCGUUAAUGGAGAUGUGUGGUUUCUUUGGUUGUUGUAUAUAUCCAGGGUAGAGCAUGUAUGUGAAGGUUUUUUUGUUUGUGUUGGAAAAGUAUAGGUGUCGAGAUACCAUAUAUAUUAUGUUAGGAGUAGAUAGAUAAAUUGCAUGGAUUGCUAUGUAUU